UGUUGUACGCUGUCAUUGUGAACACUGAUAUAGCUUGAAAACGUCUCUCCUAGGAAAAUGUUCCUGUACAAAUAACAAGCCAGGUACAUGGAAAUACAUCAGUGAAAUUUCAAGCUAUUUUCAAAACAGAAUUUCUGAGUGAAGAAUUUUUUUCAAACCCUGGAUAAAACCCAUUUUCUCAGUGAAUGUUUCCGACAAUGGCCUUGACCAGUAGAAAAUUAACUGACACACAAACUUCCAUCUACAGGCAUCAGUGACCAGGAUUUGUAGUUAAAUCAAUACUUUAUUACUGAAUUUCUAGUGGAUUUAUUGAAUUUCAGGCUUGCAAUACAUUCAGAUUUUUUUUCAACACGUCUAAAAUGGAAGGAACUGCCACCACUGAAGUGCAACCCUGAGAGAGGAGAGUUUUAAUUUCAAUUUUCAAAAAGUCAACCGAGCAGCCAGGCAACAAAAUUUCACACCUGACAUACUCUUCUGAUUCUUAGCCCUUUCAGUCUUUGAAAAUUUCAUCAUGAAGCAGCAUGACAGGUAUUGAUUGCGUUCAAGAGAAAAAAGAAGGAAAACUAAUUAAGUAAUGUAAAUCUGAACACCGUGAAUCAAGAAAGAGUAAGUAAUAUAUAAAAAAUACGAUUGCAGUUCAUGAUGUAGAUUGAAAUUAUAACCCAACAUCACAGAAAUCUUAUAGGAGUUCGGUGAAACUGUGGAAGGGUGAAGCUUGUACCAACUGUUUGGAAAAGAAUGAAGACAUCCAUAUUACUAUGUUUAUAUAAAUGCAGAGAAAUAUUAUAGAUCUCUGUGUCGGAAUUCACUGUGAAUGAUAAAACCUCAUAAACAUUUAUUAGAAAAACUUGAAAGGAAGGAAGGUAUCCUACUGAAGGAUGAUUGGAAAAUAAUAGCAAUCGUGGUUCCAUUGUGUGGGGAUCUGGUAUAUUUUGAAGUGCAUAUAACCUCCGAAUGCUUGAGAAGGAAUAUUGUAACAACUUCUGUGGUGGGUUUAUGUAUAAAGUGGCUCUGCUGCACACACAUCUUUAUAGUAUAUAGUGAAGGAAAUUUGUAAACUGCAGGGAUAAAAAGUGGAUUAUUCUCUCACUACAAGUGCAUUAAGGAAUAUUAAUUCACAGGUGUCGGUCUUAAUAGUGCUUCGCUGCUGGAUCAAAGUGUUUUGUUUCUGAUUUCAUUCAUGGAGGCAUUAUGAAAAAGAAAUUAUACACUCCCACAAAUCAGUGAGUCACUGAUAUAUUUUCUCUUUGAUAAUUAAUAAAGUUCUUUUUUUCAACAGAAGUGUCAAUACAAUGUAAUAAAAUUACAUGUAAGAACACCAGUAACAUUAGGAAGAGACUGCGGAUUGGGUUUUAGUGAUUGUGCACUCUGGCAAUGCCAAUAAUCGACACCAGGGUCCUCUUUGUAGUGGCUUUUACCACUUUAUUACAAUUCAAGUGUGCUUCCCAACAAAUAGCUCCAAAUGUCUCCAGCUACCCAGAGACCAGCAACACUACCACCAGCAACACAAGCAACAGCAAUGCUAUCACCAGCAACAUGACCUUGCUGUCCUCACUGACUGACUUCAUUCCCUCACUGCAGUCUAAUCAUACCAUGUAUAACAUAUCCAAUCCUGAUUCUGUUACAUUCCGACCUCACUCCCCUUUAUGGCAAAAUGAAACAUUCCAUUUUUUCUUUAACCCUCUUUCAAUCAAUGACUUAGUGGUGGCGUCUAAUCGAACCGUCAAUUUCAACUGCACUUCCAAUAAUAUUCUCCAAUAUGUCAACAACGGCACGGGAAGCCAGUCAGGGAAUUUCUCUGAGACUAAAGAUAGCUCAGACUUUUCCAAUAUCAAUCUUAUAGUAGUAAUCCAGACCCAUGACAGUGAAGUAGUCGGCUUAGUUCUAACUAAAGACAGUUAUAAUGGAGAGAAGGAGAAAAGUGAGAAAAUGGCCACAGAGCUUCCGGCUACCUCGUCGCUCAUUUAUAAAUCCAUCCAGUUAAACUCUGAACAUAAUUUUACCGUUUUGGCAAUGCAUAUGGGCUAUGCCACGAUGUCCGUAACAUUGACAGACACAAACGACUUCGAGAAGGUCAAGCAAGGAGCUUACCAAACGUUAGCACAUGCGGAAUAUGACAUUCAGACAACAAGAGCGGGAAGACCCUCGGACUUUGCUUUUAAUUGUUCUGCAGCAGCUAUUGCAAUAUUAAUCAGUUUUGGAAUUGGAUGUGUGACAGAUACGGAAAGCUUAAAAAAGCAAUUGAAGUACCCAGUGUCCUUGGUGGUGGGGUUCUGUUGCCAGUUUCUGAUUUUGCCUGUGCUUGCCUUUGGUAUUGCCAUGAUGUUGCCACUUCACAAUGAUGUAAAAUUUGGGUUGCUGUGUGUUGCUUGUGUACCAGGAGGUGGCUUGGGACAUGUUGCUGUAAUUCUUGGUGAUGCAGACCUUCCAUUAAGCUUAGCCAUGAAUCUCAUCAGCAUUGUGGCAAUGUUAGGCACAGCCCCUCUGUGGAUCUUCGUUCUUGGGCAAUACUUCUACCGAGACCACAGAGUCAUUCCGAUAUACAACUUUGAAAUCUGGUUGGCUUCAACAUUUUUUGCGUAUACAGCUGGACUUGUGAUUAACCGGUUUAAGCCAACCGUGGCAGAUGCAUUACUAACUUGGAUUAUUAAACCAUUGAUGCUUCUGGCAUCCAUACUUUAUAUAACACUUGGUGUGUAUAUCAACAUGUACGUUUUUGAACGUAUUAAUGAAUAUGCAGUGUUAUCGGCUUUCCUUCUACCUCUAUGUGGCUUUACGGUAGCCUAUAUCACAGGAAAAAUAUUCCGACAAAAGGAUGCCUUUUGCAAAUCCAUGGCAUUAGAAACUUCCAGUUUGAACGUUUUAAUUGUGUUAGCAGCAAUUCGAUUUUCCCUAGCAUCAAAUAAGAACAGUGCAGAUUACGCCUCUGUGGUCCCUCUCUGGGUGAUGUUUACAAUUCCAGGAAUAUAUGUGUUACUAGCAAUAUUAAGAUUUUUCAAAGGUUGUAUAGCCAACUUUUUAGAAAGUAGAAAACAGCAACAAUUUCGACAUUUUAGUAUUGCCUCAGGCAUUGUCAAUCAAGCCAAUAUGGCUGCUCUUUCGGCUCCACUAUUUGUGACAGAAGUUACAGAUGAUGACCAAGGGUCAGUUAGUGAAAAAAUCACCGUGUUAUAGCAAAACCACAAGGAUAUAUAGCUUGUUAGUUUAUUCUUAAAACUUUGCAUUUUCUAGGGAAAAUUUGUUCAGCAUACAAAUUAGCCAAUUUUACUAUUCACUAUUUUCUCUCGUUUCCAAGUGAAAACAACGAUUUUGAAUGUCUCUCCUAGCUCGAUCUGCACUUUGUAUACACGUAUUUAUGAACCUGGGGCAUUUUAGUUUCUUGUACUACUUUUUGUUAUCCAUGUUAUAUUAAUAGAUUAAAAGAAUAUGAUUUAACAAAA